UGUGGAACCCCAGCUGUAGCCAAACAUCAUAACAACGUUUACGCUUUUUGGUUUAAAUCCAUCAUUCUUCGAUAUCUUGUAGUAAACAAAAAUAAACAUGGCCUCAAGUUGUCGAAGACCCGAGCAUAUGGCCCCACCUGAAAUGUUUUACAACGAAGAGGAGGCCAAGAAAUAUUCUCAGAAUUCUCGGAUGAUUGAGAUCCAGAGCCAGAUGUCCGAGAGGGCUCUGGAGCUGCUGAACCUGCCUGAGGACCAGCCCUGUUUCCUGCUAGAUGUGGGGUGUGGCUCAGGGCUAAGUGGGGACUACCUGUCAGAGGAGGGACAUUGCUGGGUUGGAGUGGACAUCAGCACAGCCAUGUUGGUUGAUGCUGUGUCCUCUCUAGAUGUAGCCCUAGAUCGGGAGGUCGAGGGAGACCUUGUGUUGGGGGAUAUGGGUGAGGGGAUGCCCUUCAGGCCUGGGACCUUUGAUGGCUGCAUCAGUAUUUCUGCUCUCCAAUGGCUCUGCAAUGCUGACAAAAAGACCCACAGCCCCCCCAAGAGGCUCUACACCUUCUUCAGUACACUCUACUCCUCCCUGAGGAGCCCCCGUGCAGUGUUUCAGCUUUACCCAGAGAACUCUGAGCAGCUGGAACUAAUUACGUCCCAGGCCAUGAGGGCAGGCUUCAGUGGAGGCAUGGUGGUGGACUAUCCAAACAGCACCAAGGCUAAGAAGUUCUUCCUGUGUCUGUUCGCUGGGUUUUCAGGAACCCUACCCAAGAUCUCGCUUUAAGAACAUGAAGGGCAAGUCUGCAAAGAAGGGAAAAGACUGGAUCCUGGAGAAGAAGGAGAGGAGGAGAAGACAGGGCAGGGAGGUCCGAGCUGACACAAAGUACACUGCCCGGCAGAGAAGGCCUCGCUUCUAAACCCCAGUCAGUCCUGUGUGUUCCGGCCCGGAGAUUCACCCCCAUGGAGUACUACUGUCCUGUGUGACCAGAGGAGCUGUGACUGGCAAGAAUUGGACUCAAUCAAUCCUACUCACUUAAGGGGCGUAUUGAAAUUAAAUUUGUGACUUAAAAGAUUGACUGUUUUCUUUCAGGACGUAUCUAUCAAUGGAAUGGAAAUUCAUUCAUAUACAUUUUCUGAAUGUGAUUCCCACCCACACUGGUGACUUCCAGUUGAAGUUGUGUUCACACAGCGGUUACCUAGGCUGAUAGCCAUUCUCUGUUUAGCUAUAACAUUCCAUUCCUUGUACUUCUGUGGCACAUGACGCCACCAAGAGUGGAAUUUUAUAGCUAAACAGAGACUGGCGACUAGUCUAGUGCUUACCUGGUUGUGGUCCCAAUCCUCUGGACAGAAACUGGCCCCUCUCUAGGACAUGGUCCCAAUCCUCUGGACAGAAACUGGCCCCUCUCUAAGACAUGGACUGAUGGACAUCAACAACAAAUGGACAGCAAAUAAAAUAAAUUCCCCUUUCUGAUCUUAGACCCAUUCUUCUGCACUAGAUACUUUCCCCUCAAGCAGCAUAUUCUAUUUUAAAUGUUUGAUGUAGACACUUUGUUUGAAAGCUUGAAUUAAACAUGUGUUCUCUAA